AUGACUCACUUGAAGGCUCAAAAUAUCCUCAGGCUUGCUCUGGAGGAGCAGUUGGAUUCGGCUACGGUACUGUCCGAGCUUUUCACCAUAUUCUGUCGUGAAGGUCUACAGCCGGCAGACCCCGAUUAUGUGUCCGAGUCAGCUUGCCGGACCCUCUUGCAAGACAGCAAAGAAGCUCGUUCGCUCUUGGAGGAAACCAUCCACAAACAGGACUGUCAAUUUCUCUGGGAAUACUUCGUUCACUCUUUCGCGAGGGACAGCUUUCAGUCACAGAAACCACGCUCUGCAUCGGAACAAGCCAUCGAUGAUCGCAUUCGUGACUUCGAGAGGACAUAUGGGCAAAUUGUGGCUGACUAUGCUCGGGGCGAGGGGGAUCCGUAUCCCGCGUGGGAGCCCCCAGAUGGCCCUUUUGAGACGCCCAGGGCUUAUGCCGAUUUUGUCAACGCUCUCGGGUUGCCGUGUCCCUCGGGCAACACCCCCAACCUCCUUUUACAUGAGCUGGGUAGUCCUAGCCGUGCCGAAUCCCAAUCGGCGCGGCUGAACAGCAUCUAUCGACCUGGGCAUCAUACUGUGUUUGUGAACACACCAGGAACGGGAAAGACCCGCCUGCUUCUUGAAGGCUUAUGCCGCUCGUGGGGGCUCUAUAUCACUUGUAGUAUCAGGGCUCCUGGGCUUGGGGCCUGCGAUAUUACAGGCGAACUCAAAAGCACUGAUUUCUGGAAGCUACCCCUCGGUACCACUUCCCAGCUACUUUGUACCGAUAUUGCAGCCAGUAAUGCCGACAUCGCUCGCGAACUCGCCGAUCGUAUCCUGUUGGCCAGAUUGACGAUUUUCAGGAUCUACCUGGAAAACCUCGCGAGCUCGAGUGACGUCGGUCUGCAGCGAAAGCGCUGGCUUGCGCUGCAGCUCUCAUCUGUUGCUGUGCUGGGACAUGACGUGUUCCCUAUUCUCGCGAAGCAGCUGCGUAUACGAGGGACCACCCCGGGAUUCAUCCAAUAUAGGAUCACAGACACACUGCUCAAAAUUCGGACGAUAAUCGGUCGUGACGCUCCCAUCUUCUGCGUAUUAGACGACGCUACACUUCUCCUAGGGUUUCGUGUCGCGGCCUUUGGAGAGUCUACUGCCCUUCAAGCGAUAGUCAACUCUUGGGAGAAAUAUGACGACCUUACUCUGCUCGUGUGCGGCGUUCCUUUCGACAUACGCUCCGCUGCUACCGAGGGCGGGAAAUCAUAUCGUAUAUGUACGAAUACCGGUAUGUUUGACCGAGCCGACGAGCAGGCGGCUUAUGCGGAGCGAUACAUCCCCCGCGAGUUGCUCUCCACGCGAGCGGGCAAGAAGUUGGUGGCCCGAAUAUGCCUUUGGUGUCGAGGACGUUAUCGUACUACGGCCAUGAUAAUCAACUGUCUCCUCUUGUCUCGCUUCGUCAACCCUCACACCGUUCUCACGGCCUGUGUGGCCAGCUUUGCUAUGAUCGAGCCCUCUGACUCUCCCGUGGAGAUGGACGAUGCAGUGAGGGCGCGCUGUCAUAGGCUGGUAUGUGGUCUGGGUGGAUUUCAGCCCAGCCGUACCUUUCGCCACGACGUUCAAGCGCUGCUCUCUGCAUACACGGCCAUACAUCAAAUUCUCGUCCUUGGCGAAGAUUGUGUCCGAUUCACUGAUGACUGCGCCUACUUGGCUCGCAGUGGCUUUGCGAUGCUCGGCGGCGCCACUGGUCAUGAAGGUAUCAUAAACGAACCAUUCUAUAUCUUCCCCACUGUCGACCUGCUUUUUCGCAAGCUUUCGCUUGUCGAAGGAUUUCUGCCUGCUACCAUCGCAGCUAGCAUGACGAGCCAACCAGUACAUCAGGGGUUUCACCUUGCCGUCGUGCCGCUUCUCUUGCUAGCGUGCAAGGAUGUUCGCAAAGUCCACGACCUCUUCGAAUUUCCGUAUCCAAGACCGCCUUGGGCGAACCAGACGUGCAGGCUUGUACGUGUAACGCGCCCUCGUGGCGACGGUGGCGACCUGCGCACCAUGCCCUUCGAGACCUCUUGGCCGGACGAUGGCUUUGACGAACGAUGGGCAACAGAGUCCGCCGCCUGGCUCCGGCUACGAAUCGACAUGCCAGAGCCAUUCUGCGUGGCGGCGGAAUUCAGUCAUGCGGACCUGAUGUUCAACCUCCAGCUUGAGAAUGGGGCCGUCCUACUCGUGGUACUGAAAUUUACCAUGAAGAACGAGCACAUCACAGUCACGACGCAGGACUUUGAACAUUGCGUCGCACAGUUGGCGCCCCACCGACUCUUCCAUGGAGUCGCUGAAUCGUCGGCUGAUCAGCAGCGCCAACUGUCUGGUCUCGCUACGUUCCUCGAUGGCGCCGGCACGCCAUUCGUGCUGCGUGUGGUUGCGACGUUUCCUGAGCAAACAGACAUUGGUGCGAUACCACCAGACGGGCAGCCGUACCCCGUUGCGAUGCUCAACCUGAAGUUACUGCAAGAUGUAUCACAGCGCGUCACGUAUCUCAGUGUACUGCGUCGAUUGCACCACCCUCUGAUUACGAGGCGGAGAAUCAAGCUGGUAGGGCACGAAGUUCCACGCGUUUGGACGGACGAGACGCUCCUAUCCGAAUAG